UGAAAUCGGUUUCUUACACUCAAAUCAAUCAAUCGGUCAAUCAAUCAAAUCAAAUCAAAGUGGCUAGUGGCUUCGUUGAUUUGAUUGGGACAUCUUUAUGUUGUCCGUCCGAUCCGAUUUCAACCAAGGGAUGGGCCAAUCUCAUAUCAGCGGCGUUGGCGGGCAGCAAGAAUAUGCAUUUAAGGCGGUAAAGGCGGCUGGAAUCACUUCCAUCGGCGUUCGGGGCAAGGAUUGUGUGUGCGUCGUCACACAGAAGAAAGUUCCGGACAAGCUUCUUGACCAGUCAAGCGUGACGCACCUGUACCAGAUUACAAAGUACAUUGGGCUUCUGGUAACUGGAAUGACUGCGGAUGCACGCUCGGUUGUCCAGAAGGCAAGGAAUGAAGCGGCGGAGUUCCGGUUCAAGUUUGGCUAUGAGAUCCCUGUUGAUUACCUUGCGAAAAGAUUAGCAGACAUUUCUCAGGUGUACACACAGCACGCAUACAUGCGGCCUUUAGGGAUAUCUACCAUUAUUUUGGGUAUUGAUGAAGAGCUGGGCCCACAACUUUUCAAGUGCGAUCCGGCCGGCUACUAUGUGGGGUAUAAGGCCACGAGCGCUGGCGCUAAGGAGCAAGAGGCCACCAACUUUCUGGAGAAGAAGAUCAAGGGCAACCCCUCAUUAUCAUACGAGGAGACAGUGCAGAUUGUCAUUUCUGCCCUUCAGUCAGUGCUGUCUGAGGAUUUCAAGCCUUCAGAAAUUGAGGUGGGAGUCGUCCGCUCGGACCUCAAGAACCGUGAGUUUCAUGUUCUGACUGAUGCUGAAGUUGAGCAGCACCUGACAGCGAUCAGUGAAAGAGAUUGAGAGCGGUUGUGGAGAUGGAUGUCGGGUCGGGUUCCCCCCUUGCAGGCAGGCAAGAGGACAUGGUAGCGUCAUUGGAUAACGUCGACUAACUAAGCAGCUUGUCCGGCAAAAGAAUCUGCUACUGCUCAUACUAUGGCUUGUGGCAAAUGAUCGUGGAAAUGUACUUUUUUCUUUUUUUGCACAGACGAGUUGAGAAUCUUGAGAAUCUUGAGAUGCCCCGUAGCCAGAUAAGAUUGCCGUACUUUGCACUGAGGAUGGUCUUUUUUUUUUUGGCUGUUGGGAACUGAUUGUCUAAAGAUAGUUUUAUUUUCUAAUGCCAGCCGUGUUUUUUGAGUUGUCGUAGCCGGAUAUAGAGUGCGUGUCUUAAAUUAGCGCAAUGGAUGA